AUGAACAUAACAGGCAGCCAUGGGUCUCACCGUAAAUUCCAUGCCCCUCGCCAUGGGUACAUGGGCUUCCUGCCCCACAAGCGGAGUAAGAAGCAUUGUGGAAGGGUGCACAGCUGGCCCACAGAUGAUAGCAAACAACCCGUCCACCUCACAGCGUUUCUGGGCUGCAAGGGUGGCAUGACCCACACGCUGAGGGAGGUGCAUCACUCCAUAUCAAAGUGAGAAACGGUGGAGUCUGUGACUAUUAUUGAGACUCCUGCAGUGAUUGUGGUGGGAGUGUUAGGAUAUAACUGCACUGUGAAGGGCCUGCGGUCUUUUAAGACCAUCUUUGCUCAGCACAUUAGCGAUGAGUGCAAGCGCCGAUUCUACAAAAACUGGUAUAUGAGCACGAAAAAGGGCUUCACCAAAUACUGCAAUAAAUGGCAGGAUGAAGCAGGCAAAAAGCAGCUGGAGAAGGAUUUUGUCCUGAUGAAGGAAUACUGCUCUGUGAUCAGGGUCAGCGUCCAUUCUCAGGUAACUGAAAUGAAUAGCACUGCAAGAAUAUGUCUGCUCCCAAAAUAAGUGCAACUAUUUUAGAAUAACAGAG